CAAACCACCAGCGACACCCGGCCAUUGCUGCUGGUACUCCCUAGCCACCCUUAGUGCUGCAUUUUGAGCCCUUGCGAGCGUGGUGUAUUCCAUCCCGGAGCGUUUGCAACUGGCCGACCUGCGAAGUGAAUAGAUAUCUUCGAGAGAACGAAAGAAGAGGGGAGGACGCAACAGCACACCAGCAGCCGUGAACACCUACGGGCAAGCAGGUUGCCACACGUGGGCUGCUCUCCUGCUUGAGGAGAACGAUUGGAAAUAAUGGAACGAGUCGAACAACGCGGGAGCCGCGGCAUGGGCCCCAACACUGACGGGGCUGAGCUUCCAGGAGCGGAGGCCUUGGUGCCUGAGAGCGAGGCAUCGAAGAACAAGAGAUGGAUUCAGUUCGUGACGGGCCUGCUCAUCCAGGUGGCGAUUGUUGGAUACGACCUCUAUUCGAUCAACGAAUGCGACUGGUCAACCUAUUCGAAGUAUCCAUCUACCGGCUACUACAGCCCAACCUCAACAUCAACGGUGAAGGGCUUUAAGAUCGCAGUGAUGGUCCUUUCUCUCGGGGAGGAAGUGCUGUCUUCCCUGAUCCUAUCAUGCAAGUACAAUUCGCCACUCGAUCUCAAGACUUUGCACAACCUCCCCACCGAAAUGAAGUCAUCGCGCACGGAAUUCUACUUAAUUGUGGGGAUGCCCUGCCUGUUUUAUGGGAUCAUUUCGAGUUUUGUGGCGCAAGUGUGCUUUUAUCUGUCGAAGUACCAUGGCUGCGAAGGACCGCGUAGUGAUUCCCUGAAUGGCUUUCUCUUCUUUUCAUUCAUCGUGUUCUUUGGUUUGGGGUUAGGAUUUUGCAAUAUGUUUUUCCUCGCGACCGUUUCCUACUGUUGCGGAUCGCUAUGCGGUUGCAUGGAGGAUUGCUGGGAUUCUUGUUGCGGCCGUAGAGGAAGCAGAGACGCGGCUAGGCAGGAAAAUGCGCGAUCGCUGGGGGAACACAUUGAGAGUUCGAAAGUUCAGUACAUCCGCGUAGCGACGAUGGUCGAGCUAUCGUGGCAGUUCAUGUAUUUACUGUGGGCCUUCCACGCGGGCACUGUCACUGGCGAAGUCGCCGUAACGCUAAGCGUCGUCACCGUCGUGGGUAUUUGUCUGGUCGCUGUGGGAUCUCAGGCGUUUGCGAAGGAAAGUGAACUGUGGAUACGAAGAAUGCACACGGCAGCAGGAGUGUAGGAGAAUUUGAAUGUAGACGCAUCUAUCUGCCAACAACGCUGUUGAAAGUUUCGGGGUUCGGGUGGGGGCUCCGUGCUACAUGUACUAUUCCUACAUGUACCCCACAAAUGAAUCACGGAAUUCGACGGUUUCAAUAAACACCAGUUUUGUUCUUGUCUACAGCUCAACAAACCGACCAACUUAUCUGCCAACAAUGCUGUUGCAUAUUUCGGCGUUCGGGUGGUGAGGAGGAAUGGUACCGUUUAAGUUCGCGAAACUCCGAAGGUAGUGGAAGCUGUGGACUUCACUGUCUUGGAAUUUCCAGGCAUGGGCACCGGAUUAUGCGUACAGUACAUACAUGCAUUUUCGGCGUCUGUCCACGAUGAUUGCUGGUGGAAAAGUGUGCUUACUGCGUAGAUUUGCCCGUGUACACUUCGAAGUACACGCAGGAAGAUACAGACGCUCAGGUAGAGAGGGGUGGUGCUUUGAUUGUGAGCCAGAGGGAAAGGCGCAAGCGGCAUGUGUCCAGCUACAUUUUUGAAACAGCUUGAGAGUACCUAGCCGGGAAGAGGAUAAGGUAGGGAAGUGAAGACUGCCACCUCCCGCCUGGCAGGUGGCAUGUUGGAUUGGUUCGGUGGAUGGACAGUUUGAACUGAGCUUUAUUAAUCUGCACGGAUGGUUCAAAGCGCUCAAACACGAGUGGUUUCCUUUUCCGGUC